UUAUUAUAAUAUUUAUUUAUAUACAGCCGGGAGAAUUCUUUUUCGAGGCAGUAUUAAUUAAUGUGUCAAUGAUUUUGGUUCACGUUUUAUAAAGCGAUAGGUAAACGAGUUUUGAAACAAUGAAAUUUUUUAUCACGUUUAUGUGUUGUAUUGUGAGUGUUGCAGUUGCAAGGAAAUUGCCUUCUUUCAUCGAAGUCUGCCAUCCGAAGCGCGUGGACGUGGGAGAAUGCGUCAAAAAGAAUUUGGAAAUCCUUCGGCCAAAAUUCAGACAAGGAAUACCGGAAUUGCAGAUUCCAGCCUUCAAUCCCCUAAAACUUUCAUCGGCCGACAUCAAAUUAGGAGAGAAUUUCAAAACGAACUUGAAAAACAUCAAAUUAUGGUUCUCGAACAGUUUUUCCAUCGAAGAAUUCAAAGUGGAUCUGGAUCAUUUUCGACUCGAAUUUACAAUUAAGUUUCCCGAGGUGAAGGCCCAAGGGGAUUACAGCAUCAAUGGGAAAUUGCUCAUUCUCAAUUUGGACGGUGCCGGAUUAGGAAAAAUAUUUUUACAUAACCUAACGGCAACGGUGGUGGCGUCAGGUAAAAAAGAAAAGAAAAAUGGUAAAGAAUACAUAGUUCCUACUAACGUCGACAUCAAACCGGAAGUGCAAAGCAUGAAUAUUCAUUUAGAAAACCUUUUUCCUUCCAAUCCGGAACUGACCGAACAAGCAAAUAAACUUUUCAACGAUAACCAGAAAGUCCUGUUCGAAGAUUUCAGUCCUCUCAUAGUGAAUCUAGUCAAAAAGCUAAUAUCAAAUUAUAUUAACAACUUUUUCUCUAGAUACAGCUACGAUGUGUUGUUCCCGGACGAUUAAUUAAAUAAUUGUUUUGUUUAUGUUGUGUUUUAAUAAAUUAUGAUAAUUAAGUGUGAUUUUUGAACAAAUAUUUAUCAUAUAAAAAUAAUAAUAAUAAC